AUGGACCCGCGGUGGAUGAACUCUUUUAAUGGCUCAGCCCUGAUGGCCCCCGUCAAUUUCACCGUCGAUCCGGAGGCCCUGAUGACGGUGCCCGAGAUCAUCACCCAUUGGGGGUACCCGGUGGAAGAGUAUAAUGUCGUCACCAGAGAUGGAUAUAUUUUGACUUUACAUCGGAUACCUUACGGCAGGAAAGGUCCCUCGAGGAAGCCGAGACCUGUCGUCUUGCUUCAGCACGGACUGCUAUGCACCAGCUCGAUUUGGCUGCUGAAUUUGCCGAGCCAGAGUGCAGGCUUCGUAUUUGCCGACGCCGGAUUUGACGUCUGGCUUGGAAACAUGCGCGGGAAUACCUAUUCAAAAACCCACUAUAGCAUGGACGCAAAAGAAUCGAGAUUUUGGAGAUUUUCUUGGGAGGAAAUGGCACGCUAUGAUUUGGAUGCGAUGGUAGACGGGGUGUUGAACGUUACACAACAGGAGCAGCUAUACUACGUUGGCCACAGCCAGGGCACUCUCACCAUGUUCGCCAAGCUCGCCACCGACGCCGUGUUUGCCCGAAAAAUUCGGAAAUUCUUCGCGCUGGCCCCCGCGGCGAGGCUGGUCAACGUGAAGGGAAUGUUCCACACCAUCGGGGAGGCGUAUCCCCAGUUGAAGCUGUUCUACGAGAUGAUCGGCGACCACGAGUUCCUGCCGAACAACAUGUUCACGCGCCUCUUGACGGACAUGUUGUGCGACAAGAAGAUGAAGAACCCGAUGUGCGAGGAUUUCAUCUACCAGGUGUCGGGCCCCGAUUCGAACCAGCUGAACAAGACGCGCAUCGGCAUCUACCUGGCGCACAACCCGGCCGGCACGUCGUGGCGCAACCUGGUGCACUACGCACAGAUGGUCAAGUACGGCCGGAUGCGCCCGUACGAUAUGGGGGUGGAGAAGAGCAAGAUGAUCUACAAUAUGCCUCAUCCACCCGAGUUCAAACUGUCGAACAUUGACGUGCCGACGUACCUCUUCUACUCGGACUCGGAUUGGCUGGCCACCACCGAGGGAGUGGAGGGCUUUAUAUUGCGUCAAAUUGACGAAAAGCACAUCCGGUUGAAGAGGAAGCUCCAAGACUUCAACCACAAUGAUUUCCUGUGGGGGCAGAGGGCGAAAGAGGAGAUAUAUGAUGUGAUUAUUGAGGCUGUGAAAUAUGACCAUCGGAGGAGACGGCUGAAGGACGGGGUUCAGAGAUAUUUGAAAGCAAAAGCCGGCCUCAACCACAACGAGACCCAUGACUCGUUCCUGCAAAGCCUGCUCAGC